GCCCCAGCCCGGAGCGCACCCGGCUAGCCGCCUCCAGCAGGGGCUCCGGAGAGCAGGCUAGCGGCCCAGGCGGAGGCCCCGGCAGCAGAAGCCAUGGACGCCUCCGCAGGUUGCUGAGCAGGCCCAGGGCUGCAGGGCGACUGCAGAGGCGCUGCGCCAAGCGGGGCCGGAACCGUGCGAGCCGGCAACCGGGCUGCGGAGGGCGUGUGGACUCAGGGUUCUUGGGGGGCAACAGCAGUGACAGGAUACGGGAAGCCACGCGCCGACGGGCACUCUGGGAAGGUGACGGUCAUCAAGACUAGCCCGGCCUAGCAGGGGGCUCCUGGCCCUGCUCCAGGAGACCUGCAGCCUGCAGCCCUCGCUGAGGAGGGGUGGGGAGGCGUGUGUCGGGGAGCCCAGGCCAGGGUGACCCUGGGCAAGGCGUUCAUUCACUGUCUCUGGAGACCAUGGGGCUGGACUGAGAGGUGCUCGCCAUCAGGGACUUGCAGAGCCUGGGCGCCAGCCCUGCCACGUUCGUGGGUGGAGGCAGCUGUGGCUGCACCUGGACUACUCUGCCCGGGUACCCUUGCUGAAGGGUGAGAGGAGAAGCCAUGCUGGGCAGCGGCCCCAGUGAGAGGAUGACGUGGCCCGGCCCGGCCCUCCCCACGGCCCCCCCAACCCGCCCUCUCUCCUCAGCCCCUGGGACAUCGCCCAUCCCGCCCCUCACGCGGACGCGCAGCCUCAUGGCCAUGUCCCUGGCGGGGAGCAAACGGGCCUCUGCUGGGCCCCGCAGGCGCACCUCUCCGCCCGUGAGCGUGCGGGAAGCCUACGGCACCUCUUCCCUCAGUAGCAGCAGCAACUCGGGCUCCUACAAGGGCAGUGACAGCAGCCCCACCCCCAGGCGCUCCAUGAAGUACACGCUGUGCAGCGACAACCACGGCAUCAAGCCCCCCACCCCGGAGCAGUACCUCACCCCACUGCAGCAGAAGGAGGUGUGCAUCCGGCACCUGCGGGCCCGGCUGAAGGACACUCAGGACCGGCUCCAGGACCGGGACACGGAGAUUGACGACCUGAAGACACAGCUGUCCCGCAUGCAGGAGGACUGGAUCGAGGAGGAGUGUCACCGCGUGGAGGCCCAGCUGGCCCUGAAGGAGGCCCGCAAGGAGAUCAAGCAGCUCAAGCAGGUCAUCGACAACGUCAAAAACAACCUCAUCGACAAGGACAAGGGGCUGCAGAAGUACUUCGUGGACAUCAACAUCCAGAACAAGAAGCUGGAGACGCUGCUGCACAGCAUGGAGGAGGCCCAGAAUGGCUCGGCCAAGGAGGACGGCACCCGGGAGUCAGCAGGCGGCUCCCCAGCCCGCUCCCUCACCCGCAGUUCCACCUACACCAAGCUGAGCGAUCCGGCAGUCUGUGGCGACCCCGCCAGCGCCUCCGCGGAGGAGGGAGCCGACAGUGGCUUCGUGGCGGCCGAGGACACCUUGAGCCGGACGGACGCGCUGGAGGCCAGCAGCCUGCUGUCGUCUGGGGUGGACUGCGGGCUCGAGGAGGCCGCCUCGCUGCACAGCUCCUUCGGCCUGGGCCCCCGCUUCCCCGCCAGCAGCACCUACGAGAAGCUGCUAUGUGGCUCCGAGGCCGGCGUGCAGGCCAGCUGUGUGCAGGAGCGCGCCAUCCAGACGGACUUUGUGCAGUCCCGGCCCGACGUGGACACCAUAUUGGAGAAAGUGACCCAUGCCCAGGCCUGCAGGGCCGGUCCAGAGUCCGGGGACUCCUGCCCUUCGAGGCCCAGGGACCCCAACUCAGCCGUGGUGGUGACAGUGGGUGAUGAGCUGCAGGGCCUAGAGCCUGUCACCCGUGGGCCUGCCCCCCACCCACCCGGUGCCAACCCCACUUCCGGCCUGUCGGUGAGCGUGGUGUGCCCCGUGGAGGAAGAGGAGGAGGCGACCACUGAGGCCACCGCAGAGAAGGAGCCCAAGAGCUACUGGAGCCGCCACUAUAUCGUGGACCUGCUGGCCGUGGUAGUGCCAGCUGUGCCCACGGUGGCCUGGCUCUGCCACUCCCAGCGGCGCCAGGGCCAGCCCGUCUACAACAUCAGCUCCCUGCUCCGGGGCUGCUGCACUGUGGCCUUGCACUCCAUCCGCAGGAUCAGCUGCCGUUCACUGAGCCCCCCGGGGCCCAGCGGGGCGGGGGGCGGCUCCCAGCUCUGAGGGGGCCCCACCCGGCCAGUGGCUCCUGCGACCUGACCGCUGAUUGUAUGUUCGGGUGCCCUUCCCCCUCACCUACACCGCUGGGCGUCCUCUGAUUUAUUUAGUUUGGGGCUUAGAACUCUUUCUUCAGGGUAUAGACCACGCAUAGAGCUGGGAGCAGAGGUUGGGAAAUGAAUCCCAAAACAACCCGGAGGAGAAGGGAAUGUGGGGAUACAUCAGGGAAGGACAGGGCGUGCUGGGCACCCAGGUGGCACCAGCUGAAGAGAGAGGAAUGGUGAGCCUGCCCCUGGCCGGCCGGACGAUCCACUGGCCCCUUGGAUGUGCAGGCUCGCUCAGGAAGUCUCUGGCUGUAUUCAUCUGAGGGGUCUGAGCCCAAGUUUGCCCUGGAGCCACCAUCUGCCCCAUCUCCUACAUCUUGGCUGAGCAGUAUUAUCAUCUUCUGAAAUGGAUGGAGUGGUCUACGCCCCCGUGCUGACCUCUAACCCAAAGACUCAGAGUGGGGGUCAAGCCCACUGGGCCCGGGCUCCAGACUCCCUAGGCUGCGCCCCACUUUGGAAUUCAGAGACACCGGCUGGAGCCAAGGGCAGGAUGGAGGGUAGUGUGGGUCCCUGUUUUCUCUGCUCAUCCCAGGCCUUCCCAUGAGCCGUUUCCUCCUGGCGUUGCUGGGCAUGCCUAGUGGAGAGGGGCCAGCCAGUCCGGGCUAGGGUGAGGACACUUUGCUUGCCUAAUCUAAGCCCCGGCUUCCGGGCCAGGGCAGCGGCCAGCACGAGGAGAAGGGCUGGCCGAGUGCACCGGGAGCCCUGCUUGCACUCUGUGCACAUUGGGGCUUUGGGCUCCCAUUCCCCAGGGUGUCCAGGGAGCUGGUCCCUUGCUUUCUGGGUGAGGGUUUCUGAAUCUUAUGCCUCUAUGCCUCUGAUGGAUUCUGGCAGGGCGACUCAUCAGAGGGCCUAUUGAAGCCAUGAAGCCCGUCCUUCCAGACCAAAGCCGGGUGUCCCGGGUGCACUCUGCAGGAAGUGGGGAUGGGCGAUUUGCCUGGGAAGCGACUUGUUCCCACCUCUUGUCCCAGGCCCUCAGCAGCACCCUCCAACUCAGCUGCUGGCAUCUGAAGUUCAUUACCAUCAUCACUUUAGGGGAAACCUGCCCUUAGCGGCCCCACUUGUCUGUUCACCCCACCCACACUCAGAGACUGAAUCCCCACAUUUAGGGUAGGCUGGUGUGACCCUGUGUCUUCAUUACCCCUGU